CUAAACACCUGAUAGAGCCACCUCGGCUUUCGUUCAAGUUUUGUAUCGCGCUUUCCGGCGCAUCGGCCGGCGUUCUCAUUUUCUUUUUCUUUUCUUGUUUUUACCUUCGUGCCUCUUUAGAAACUCGCCCAUGCAGUUCGUGCUCGAUUGGCCUCCCAGCUCCGUGUUUCCUCGUCUCAACAUCGCCGUGGAGCCCACUCGAGAAGUUAUCAGCCUGUGCGGACAGUAGAUGUGAUAUGUUUGAUUGUGGUUCAGCGAUAACAGUGAAUGCAUGACCACCUUCUGAAUGACUGCAAGUGAGUAAGCCAUGAAUACCUUCUCUGGACAGCACAAGUGGCCGAGCUCUUGCUUGGUACAGUUUAAAAACUGCACCAUCCUACGCAAUCAUGAGUUGAUCGUAGAAGACCUCUGGGUUAGAAACAACGUCAUUGUGGACCCUGAGCCCAUAUUUUUUGACGAGCGGAUUACCGCUGACAUCCAAUUGGACUGCAAUGGAGCCAUCAUUGCACCAGGCUACAUUGAUCUCCAGAUUAACGGAGGCAUGGGAGUAGAUUUCUCUCACAGCGUCGACACUAUUGUCGAUGCUGUUGACAAGGUUGCCAAAGGCGUUCUCCCAUUCGGAGUGACAUCUAUGUGUCCAACAAUUGUAACUUCAACACCGGAAGUUUACCGAAAGGCUCUUACAGCUGUGAAGAAGCGCAAUGGCAGUGCUGAAGGUGCCGGAAUUCUGGGGGUUCAUCUGGAAGGUCCAUUCAUCAGCAAGCACAAGAAAGGUGCCCACAAAGCCCAGCUUAUCCAGGAUCUGCAAGGUGGCUUUGAAAGUCUCAUGAAUGUGUAUGGCACUUUGGACAGCACGGCCAUUGUCACGAUGGCACCUGAACUGGACCCAGAAGGCAAGGUGAUCCGGGCACUCGUUCAGAAAGGUGUUACAGUCUCUAUAGGACACUCUGAGGCUAAUCUUGUUCAAGGUGAGAAGGCAAUGCAGGAUGGAGCAUCAUUCAUCACCCACCUAUUCAACGCAAUGUUACCGUUUCACCACAGGGACCCAGGACUGGUUGGGCUGCUGACCUCUAAGAAGCUUCCAGAGGAAAAGAAUGUUUUUUAUGGUAUCAUAGCUGAUGGUAUCCACACCCACCCUGCCGCACUGCGCAUUGCUUACAAAGCCAACUCCAGAGGCUUGACGCUGGUCACCGAUGCAAUGUCAGCCAUGGGUCUCGAAGCAGGAGUCCACUACAUAGGGGAGAACAAAGUUGAAAUUAUUGGCAAGCGGGCUGUGAUUGCAGGAACAACUACGCUUUGUGGAAGCAUUGCAACAAUGGAUUUCUGUGUCCGAUAUUUGCAGAAAUCAACAGGAUGCACUACUGUCGAGGCUCUUGAAUCGGCAUCUUUGCACGCUGCUGAAGUUCUUGGCAUCCAGAAACGCAAAGGGACACUUGAUUUUUGUGCAGACGCGGACUUUGUGAUGCUGGACAGCAACCUUCAUGUGCUGUCUACCUGGAUUGCAGGAGAAUGUGUCUGGAUGAAACCUGGAACUCAACUCACUGUCAUAUAUGCAAAGCCUAAUGUGAUUUCAAGGAGCUAGGAACUUGUAUGUGAA